CGUACAUAACUCGCUUUGUUCGAUAGUUGAAUAUAGGGACAUGACGGCAUCGACAGUUACUCUGAUGUCAAACUGCGUUUUAAUGCCUGUCCGUCUUAGAAACCUCAUAGAUGCGUAUUUAUGUAAUCCUCGAUCUUGCGCAUGUCUAGGACGUUCCGAGUUGUAUUUAACUCCUCCUCUUUCUUCGACGCUGUCUAACUUCUCCAUCUUCUGAACCCUAAAGAUUCAUCAGCUCACAAUCUAUCGACUACACAGACCAUUAUAAAUUGUACGCAUCCAAGCUACCACCCCUUUGACAACGCUCGGUAUAUUAAUGUCUUAAAGAUUUACAAAACCAUACUUAACCUCAACAUCAUACACAAUGUCCUCUUCAGCACGCGAAGGCGGCGAGUCUCCUCCCCCUGAGAGCCAGAGUGGCCGACAGUUACAGGAGACGCCCGCUUCCGGACAAGGCAUAGAUGAAGCCCCCAACAAGAAGGAGUCCAUGCAAGACCAACUGAGCAACCUAACUUCGAACCCCAAGGGACCCCUCGAAGACGCAGUCACGGAGAAAUUUAGCAAAACUACAAAACCAUCCUAGAGGAGUUUGAUUUUGUGUGAGGGAUAUUUGUUGAUAUAGCGAGAAAUGCGUUAUUUUAUAGACAAGGAAUCUUGUAUUACGAACCUGUACGGAAUAGUUUAACACAAACGCCAUGGUUAAAUCCGAUGGAAUGAGAAAGAUAUACCUUUACAAAGUACUGAAUUGUAAAAU